UCGGAGGGACGAGUGUAAACUACUGAUUUGCAAGUGGCAAAUACUUCAGUCGUGCAGCGUUUCAUGAAUAAUUUUUCAUAGGUCUUCAUUUGUAGACUAUCAAUUUACUCCAUUUAUAAUGUUUGUACAUGAUUUCGGUUGAAUGUUUCACUUGGUUAGGGGAAAAACUAUGCCAACUUUUUCCUAGAAAAGAGAGUCAACCUUCCCGUUAGGCCGCUUCCAUUCAUUAUUAAUACCUGAAUGAUUCUACUCCAGGGCCGACAGCUGAUUCGGUACCAGCUUCUAACGAAAUCUGAAUUGCGUCAUUUUGUUUUGGAAUGACCAUCACACACGUGUUAAGUAAGGACCCAAACGAAGGUGAACUGGGGCUUUCCGAUCAUUCCAGUCAUGAUGACACAGUAACGCAUUAUCGAACCCAAAUGUGCAAUGGCGACCAUAAAUCCACAGCAGUCCAGGAAGCUGAUCCCCCGUCCGGAGCCGCAUGGCCGCCUCAAACUCUUCUUGAAGAUGACCUCGUAGCGUCAGACGGGGUCUCUUCUAAAAAAGAGCCUAGGGAAACAACUGCCUUAUUUUCGGGUGAAGCCAAAGCGAGACAAGACAAGGAUUUUGUCGCUUCCGCUUCACCUCUGAAGUCGUGUGGAACAUUAGAACCAGAUGCAGCUGAUGCCGGACCUUUGGAGUCCCUUACACAGGAUAUUCAAGAUUAUUUCCCAGUGUCAUACUCGCCCAAAGGAAAAUCGUCAAGCGAAUCUGUCGAGCCUGUCUUAACGUCAGAUAUUUCAUCUGAAACUUUGCCAAUAGGUGAACUAGAGGAAGAUGGAAAACGAGAAUUGGCCAACGGUGACGUAACGUGCGAAGGAAUUGACAGGUUAUUCGUUCAUGGGACGAAUUACGAUAACCAUUCUAAAGACGUGAAACAAUUCGACGAGUCUGACGUACGGAAGAGAAGUACUGCGUUCAAUGGACGCCGUACUUCAAUGGACGCCGUACUACCUAGAAGUGCGGCGUUCAAUGGGCUCUGUAACCUUGGACAAACGUCCUCUACUGAGCAAGAGGUAAUGCUUAUUAGGGAGUUUGAUAACGUAAAAAAAAUUCCCACGGAGAAGCAGAACGGAUUUAUACCUAGUGGGCUGGACGCUGGGCUGGGCGGUGGGCUGAAGUCCGUGAAGUUGGACCUCAAAUUAAAUAAACCCACUCGAAGCAGCCCACUGCAACAACAGCGUAGAGCGGUUGCAUUUGAAAAUCAAUACAAGGCGUGGUCUUCUCAUCACAGGCCUUACGUGAAGGAAGUUCUGCACGAUGUAAUAUCACUGGAAAUUACGGUCUUCAUCCUCGGUUGGUCUUUGAAUCUGAUAACGUACUUCGUUCCAACCUUUAUCUUCAGCCACAUCUUGGUCUCGUUUUUGAGCAAGCUCCGUGUGCCGAUGCUGCACGAGGAAGGAUUCGUGUUGAGGAAACUGAACCUGAUGACCCUCUUCACCUACAUUACGUUGACCACCCUCGGCGGCACUCUGGCGGCCAACGCCUUGAACGACAGCGGCAAUUUCUUCAUAGCUGAGAAUGUUACCAUGAUGCUGCCUGUCUAUAAUGAAAUAGACCUCCCUCUAGAUGCAUGUGAAGCAAGAUGUGCUAGCCUAGACUCCUGCGUCAUGUACGAGUAUAAGCAGCGAGUAUCCAAUCCCUGUCGGCUCCACACGCACACCCACGAGCAAUUGGACUUGUCUCUUCUGCAUCGCAUGGGCAGCAUCUUGGGUGUCAAGAAAAUAGUGCAAAAUAGCAAUUUUGAGUCUGACGGGAAGUUGUACUACCUGACGGAGUUGGUGGACAUUGGUGCAGGAUGCAAGUCUUGCCACAAGCACUGCACUGGAUACUUCCACAUCGCCAACCUCGACUCCCAGUCAGAAGUGCUCAGGGAGAUAGCGAAGCGCGGAGACGCACUUUACCACCCGAUACUUUACGAAAACGGCCGAUCCGUCCCGUUUCGCUGGCGCCUACCUCAGUCUGACAGCUACUUUGAGAACCCCGUCGACUACGCACCGAAUCCUUCACGCUACCAAACCUUCAUUUAUGAAGAAUACGCGAACAUGUCGUCGAAAAGCUACGCUAAAAUUCUGUGCCAGGCCAGCCCGUUAACAUCGACGCAAGUGACCACCGCGAAAUUUUCUCAAAGCUACAGAGAAAUGUUAUGGGAUUCUCUACAAACAUUGGCAUUCUACAUGCCUCUGAGCUGGAGCAUCGGGACAAUCGUCAACGAACUCAAGCUUACGCUGACAAUCGUGCUUAGAAGUCAUGUCGGUAUCUUCCGAUCCCACGUUAACAAUUUCACCGAAGAUCUCUACCACGAAUUUCCGUUCGGACUUUCACAGACUGGCGAAUUUUUCGGAUCUGAAUCAGCCUAAUGGGGAUGUUGAGGAAUUUUGCAUGUUUUAUAUUGUUUCUCAGAAUAAAUUGUCCUUAAUGAAAA